AUGUCCACUGGUACCUUAAAUCCUACGUCGAUUGGAGCCGAAUCGAGAAUUCGAAUCAGUGCUGGUUCUCGUUUCACGCCCGCGGCCACGAUCCUGGUAAAAAUUUCUUCGCCUAAAGACUGGGCAUUCAUUUUGCGAGAGGAAAGACGACGGAUUGGCGACGAGAGGAAACAUGCAAAUAUUAUUCUUGAGUCGACCCUCCACUUGGUGCUGCGUCUGCGUGGUGGUGCGAUUGAGCCCACGCUCGCCGCCCUGGCCAAGAAGACCAACUGCGAGAAACAGAUCUGCCGUAUCUGCUACGCGCGUCUCCCGCCCCGUGCCACCAACUGCCGCAAGAAAAAAUGCGGCCACAGCAACCAGCUGCGCAUCAAGAAGAAGCUCAAGUAAUUGCUAGGUCUACUGCUAUCGGCUUUUCCUUCUCGCGGACGGGAAGUGGAUUGCUCUCAAGAAGCGCACGACGGCAAUCUGCAGUAUUGCCUCUCUUUGUUUAAGCAGCAGGUGGCAACACGUCUUUCAGUGACUGUGGUGCGCUGAAGGAUGAACUACUGCUAUGCAGUGAGGAACUCAAUACACAUCUGUCGCUGCGCUCGGCCCCUCUCCAA